AUGGUGUCUCUCUCUGCACUCUGGACCUACUGCCUCGCCCCCGGGAGACUUCAUCUCCUCUUCCUCUCCGCCAGACCGCUCCUGCUGCUUCUUUUAUUCACGGUCUCUUCCUCCCCGGAGUCCUGCUUCCCGCACCCGCAGACUUGUCACAUCCUCGCCCGGAUCGGACACACCGUGCGCCUCGGUGCGCUCUUGCCGACCCGACAGCCGGCACGGAUACAAAACGCGCUCAACCGCGCCCUGGCUAGCCUCCGGCACCAGGGUGGAGGGGCAGACUCCUCCACGACACCCUCCCAAACACCCCCUCUGCUGCCCUACAACCUGAGCCUGGAGAUGGUGGCUCGCACGCCCGCGGGAGGCGACCCUGAGUCGCUGUCCCGUAGCGCCUGCCAGGACUUGGUGGUCAGGGGGGUGUCCGCGGUGCUCGCCUUCCCCCGCUCCAGAGAGGAGCUGAUCCAGGUGGAGUUCCUCUCCUCUUUCCUGGAGAUCCCUUUCAUAUCCAUCCUGGAGGACACAGAGCCGCUUGUGACUAAGAACCAGUUCAACCUGAUGAUGUCGGCCCGUGUUCCUCCGUCAACCCUGGGGAGUCUGCUGCUGGCGGUCCUGCAGGGCAGAGACGGGGACCGAGACAGAGGUGGCCGAAGCGACAGCGGCUUGGGAGGAGCUGCGGUGGUCUGCCCCGGAUGGGAGGAAGGGGGUGAAGGGUUGCUGUCUCACCUGCUGAAGCACAGCGGUUCUAACUGGCAUUUGUGGGACAUCAUCAACCUGACCCUCAUCUCCGGGGGUGGGAGCAGGAGGGUGGAGAGCGGGGAGGAGAAGAAGGAGGAUCAGAGGGAAGAGGAGGCUUUUAAGAUCCUAUCUGGCCGCUUCCUGCGCUCUCCCUCUCCUAUCUCCUCUGUCCUCCUCCUGGGAUCUGACCCUGAGUGUCUCUCCUCCGUCCUGCGGGCUGCUCAGCGUCUCGCUCCAUCGCUACCAGCGCUGCAGUGGAUCAUGGGGUAUCCCUUGUCUCCGGAUUCGCUCCACACUCUGGGAGGUCCCCUUGGACUACUUGCCUACGGGGAGGUGGGCCGCAAGCCAAUCAGCUUCUACAUCAGGGAUGCUUUGCAGUUGAUUGGCCGUGCAGUCACUGCGGCAACCAUGGUGAGGCCGGAGCUUGCCCUGAUUCAGAACACGGUGAAUUGUUACGACAAAAACCGGCACGAGCUUCCCUCUUCAGGACAAUAUCUGGCCAGGUUUCUCUCCAACACCUCCUUCACCGGAGCCACAGGCCUGAUCCAGGUGGAUCCUGGCCUCUCCCGGGUCCUCUCCUCGCAGCUGUUCCACGUGUGGAGCCUGAAGAGAGGCGCUCUUGGCCAGCCGGCCUGGGUGACAGUAGGCCAGUGGACCCGUGGCAGACUGGAGCUAGAAGGGGGGAUUCUGGGACUGGUGGGAGGGUUCGGGAGCAGCCAGGGCCAAGGCCUUGGAGCCGGGGUGAGGGGAGGGGACGGUCAGGGGGACAGUAACGCUGGAGGUCGCUGGAGGCCGGGAGAUUCGGUUGAAGGUCACCGUCUGAGGGUGGUGACGCUGGUGGAGCACCCGUUUGUCUUCACGCGGGAGGUGGACGAGGACGGGUUGUGUCCAGCGGGUCAGCUCUGUCUGGACCCGAGAACCAACCGGUCCGACAUUAUCCAGAACCUCUUCAACCAGCUGCACAACCCCAAUGCGACAGUAACAGACUGGGAGGGAGCAGAACUACCGGAGGACCUGAGGAAGUGCUGCUACGGUUACUGCAUCGACCUGUUAGAGAAACUGGCUGAGGACAUGGGUUUCACCUUUGACCUUUAUAUUGUGGGAGACGGGAAGUACGGAGCAGUGGGCGGGGCGGGGCGCUGGACGGGGCUGGUCGGGGACCUGCUCAGUGGAACCGCAGACAUGGCUGUCAGCUCCUUCUCCAUCAACUCUGCCAGGAGCAGAGUCAUCGACUUCACCUCGCCCUUCUACUCCACCAGCCUGGGCAUUCUGGUUCGCAGCCGGGACACAGCAGCCCCCAUCGGAGCCUUCAUGUGGCCUCUCCACUGGUCCAUGUGGGUUGGUAUCUUCGUCACGCUGCACCUCACCGCGCUUUUCCUCACCUUGUACGAGUGGAACAGCCCCUUCGGCAUGACACCACAUGGCAGGAACAGGCUGCGAGUCUUCUCCUACUCCUCCGCACUCAAUCUCUGCUAUGCCAUUCUGUUUGGACGUACCGUCGCCACCAAGACCCCUAAAUGCUGGACCGGGCGCUUCUUGAUGAACCUUUGGGCCAUCUUCUGUCUGCUGGUGCUGUCCAGCUACACCGCUAACCUAGCCGCGGUCAUGGUCGGGGAGAAGACCUUCGAGCAGGUGUCGGGAAUUCAUGACGACAAGCUGCACCAUCCGUCCAUGGGCUUCCGUUUCGGGACGGUGAGGGAGAGCAGCGCUGAGGAUUACAUGAAGAAGAGUUUCCCGGAGAUGCACGACUACAUGAGACGCUUCAACCAGCCCACCACCCCAGAAGGAGUGCACAUGCUGAAGACAGAUCCUCCUGCCCUGGAUGCGUUCAUCAUGGACAAAGCCCUUUUGGAUUUUGAGGUCUCUAUCGACGCCGAGUGCAAACUGCUCACCGUGGGGAAGCCUUUCGCCAUUGAAGGUUACGGUAUAGGCCUGCCGCAGGGCUCUCCUCUAACCCGUAAUGUGUCAGAGUUUGUGAGUCGCUACAAGUCUGACGGCUUCAUGGACAUGCUACAUGACAAAUGGUAUAAGGUGGUCCCCUGCGGGAAGCGAGUCUUUGCCGUCACUGAGACUCUUCAGAUGGGGAUCCAGCAUUUUUCUGGGCUGUUCGUGCUGCUGUGUAUGGGGGUAGGUGGAGCCUUGCUGACCUUGGCAGGUGAACACACCUUCUAUCACCUGGUCAUCCCUCGCCUCCGACGCGCCCACACACUGCAGUACUGGCUGCACACCAGCCAGAAAAUUCACAGAGCCCUCCACACCACGUACGAGGAUGUUGGGAAGGAGCUGACCGACCUCGACCAAAACCCCUCCUCUUGUAUCUCAGAGAACUGCACCCUCCACAGGAAACACCAUCAGCCUUCACCCCCAUCUCCACCCACAUCCCUCCCUGCUUCCACUACAGCUGGAGACACCUGCAACUCCUCUCCAUCCCAUGAGCCCAAGGAGAAACGCGUGCACUUUGACCUGGAAACCCUCCACAGCUACCGCCUGCGCACGCACACCGCGUCAGUGCGCGGCAGGCCCGGGAUGGUGGGCCGCCCUGGGCUCGGCUUAGGAGGGUGGGGAAUGGGGGGUUUUACCCCCCCUCCGCAGAUUAACCUCCAUGCCAACGGAGGCCCUGUGUCUUCCCUGGCUUCCACAGGCUUGGUGCUCUCUCCUCUGGGGAGCAGGGCCGCUCAGACGAGCCUGUGGGAGGGGGAGCUCCAGGACCUGCAGGGGAAGAUCGAAACAUUCCGCACCCAGCUGAGAGACGCCCUGGCCAGGAGGGCAGAGAUCCAGAGCAGCCUGGAGAGAGAGAGGAGCGGACUUGUACGCAGGGAUACCAGCCUGGAGAGGGAAAGGCAGAGGAUACAAACUAUAAACACAGACAGAAGUAGCUCCACUCAGCCCAAACUCCCAGAGAGAGACAGGACCAGCCAGCUGCAAACCCUGAACAAUCAACAGACAGGGAGGGCUAACCAAUCAGGCGCUCCUGGGACUCAGCCAAGCAGCCAAUUAAACACAGUGAACAGUUUGGACAGAGGGAGAGCCAACCAGAUACGCACUGUUAAUACUUUGACCGGAGAAAGGACUGUCCAUUCGCGCACUUCCACCAGUUUGGAGCGAAGUCGAGUCAACCAACCAGGUGCUGUAAACAUUGCUGUCCAAUCACGGAACACUUCUAGCCUGGACAGACAGAUGGUGAACCUAUCACGCACUCUGAACGCUUUGGAGAGGACAAAAGCCAACCAAUCAGGUGUAAGCAGUGGGACUUGAUCGUGUUUCUGAUGCCGCUGGUGCGUAGGAUUGCAGAGGGAGUCGUGCAGUUGGUAUUUGCAUAGCCGUGGGAAGAUGGCUUUUGUUGGAAUGGGUUAAAUUCAAGGGAUGCUUGCUAAAAAAAAAUACAGUAUAUGUUAAGUUACAUCAUUACUUACUGCAACCGUAAUAUUUUUACACUCGCUUAUAAUUACAACUAAAAAACUCUAACUGCAGUUGCUUUUAAAUUGUCAACAUUGUCCAUGAAAUCAUAAAAAGACAAUGCAAUCUUGUUGAAUGAAAGCCGAUAUAAUUUCAGGAAAACAUCAGUAUACUAAAAGUUUAAACCAUGACUGUAUGGGUAAUCUGGCAAUGCUAAAAUCACUGUGAUUAUUGUGGAGACCAGAGGUUCACAUAAGAAAUAAUCAACCACAGUUGACUCAAAUAUACAACUUGACAACUUCCCUGGCUAAAGAGGCCUACAAGCACAAGAGCACAGAAUAAUCAAAGUUAGCCCAUGUGAAAAACAAUUAGAAAAUUCAACAUCCGUUUUUACAGAGGGCUAGUAGCAGGAGAAAUCCAUGCAAAAAAAGUCAUGUUAUAAAGUAAUUCAAGUAAUAAUUUCCCAGUAAAUGUGAAAAAUAAAGGAACAAAACUGUGAAGAGAGAGUGGUACAGCCCUGAAUCGAUGUACCUAAAUACCCGUGACAUAAACAAAAUCCUUCUGUGUGUUGAUACCUUGUUUCCUUGUGAGUAUUGUCCCUCCACCAACACCACAAGACUAAUGCCAGUAUUUCAAAAAGGGAUAAUUUUCUAGCUGAAUCCCACUCUCGUAAAAUGUGUCAAAACUAAAAAAGGGUUUUCGCUUUUGGAAGAAAACACUUUGAGAUGGUAAUUUCCCCCUGGAUUUGAUGGUCUUUCAUAAAUAGAAUACUAAGGCAGGAAAAUGCACAUUAAAGGAGAAACUGCUUGUUAUACUGUCUGUAGUGGGAUGGAUUCAUGCCAUUUAGACUUAAAUACAUACCUCAAGCCCAUUUCAUGGCUGCUACAUUAACCAAAUCAAGGUGCAAUGUUGUUUAAAUGGUUUUGUCAAUGUUGUUACCUCGUGUCGUUAUGGGUAGCCUGUGAAAACAGUCUUGUCAUUUAUUCUGUGGCUCCCAAAUGAGUCUGAGGAAAGGAUUGCAAUCAUUUGCAGAAUACGACUUUCUAAAAACGUUACGUAAGAAGGAGUGAGUUAAGGUGGGUUUCCUAUCAUCAAGGAGAUGCUAUUUGAACAUUUAGAGACCAGUGUUUACUACAGGCUAAAUGUCAGGACUUUUGUGACUCCCCGAACUCUAUGAAAGUGGAAUACUAAAUCGCUGCAGUAGCAAUUUAAUGUGAAACCUAGCGCUUUUUUGCCUAGGGUGUAUUUAAGGUGGAAAUAAAGAUGAUCCCCCCUCCCUGAUUACUUGUUGGACUACAUUAACAUUUAAUGUGUCCAUCAGUAGCUGCAGCAACAUGAGUCAGAGUUGGCUGUCAGUGUUCAAAAACUCUUUCCAUUUUCUAAAGUGCUGUAGCUGGCAUGACUUCAAAGACAGCAGUUCUUUAUAUCUACUUCGGACUCUUAGUGAUAAUUUAACAACCAGACAUUGUUUUACGUGGAGGGCUGAUAAAACUAAUGAAUUAAAUCCCAGAGUCAUUUAUCUGAACCUUUUAAUUGUCAAACCAAAUCCCCAAACUGCUCAAAACCAGUUGUGUAUCUGCGUCAAGUUUCAUCAAUUUCAAAUGAAUGUGUUCGCCAUAUUCAUCAUUGACUGUAUUGCGCAUGAAUUAACACUGAUAACAACUAACUAGCUCCUGCACAUCUAACUGAGCUCCUGUGAGGCUUUUUUAUCACGACUAAUCAUUAAAAACAUAUACAAUUUAAAACAGUUUACAAAGCAUAAUCAUUUUGUUUACCACUUAAAAUGAAAUAGGUGUCAAGACAAUGAUAAAAAGAGAGACGGCUCUUUAGAUGUUGACUACAUUGGACUCAGUUCUUCAGUCAACCACCGGAGGGAGCUGCAUCCCUGCUUCCCACGGCUAUGGACAAUGAAGAGUUUAUAGAUUGAGGUUUAUUCCAACAAAACCACUUAAAUAAAUGUGACAGAUUGAUGUUGCGGUUUAAGCUGUUGUUGUCAUGCAGCAGCAGCAGAGGACCUUGGGAAAUAAGGCCUUUAUGAAACCACUCCAGCACUACACAAUGUGAUGUCUGCUGAUGAUAUUGUGAUCCUAAAUCUUGUGCGGGAACACUUUAAACAGGGGUUGGGUAUUUCGCUGGCCCACAGGUGUGAGGCAGAGGUAUUACUGAAAGAGAACUUUUAUGAUGGUACUGAUGUACAUUUAAACGUUUCAAACUUUGCUGUGGUGUGAAGUGGUUGUGUUCACAUGCCAUGGUGUCUAUGAGGAACAAAAUAUAUAUUUUAGGUCUUUAUUGAGAAAGAGCUUGUGGUACUGGAUAUUUAAACAAAUACUUUUAAAUCUACCCCUUAUAAAAAUUGUA